AUGUCGACUUGCACUGACGACGCCGAUAACUCAACUCUUCAUAUACAGGACACCACCAUGUCCCCGGUUCAAGAAGGACCGAUAUCUCCCGCGUCAUCCUGUCUGAGCAACCAAAAUCAAAAUGACGAAGUGCUUUUAGCAACAAUGCAACCAGUCAAUGUGAUGGAUCUCCACGAAACAGAGCACAUACACCACAAGUACAAUCAGCACCACCACCACCACCACCACCAGCGGCACCACCAGCAUCAUCCGCACCAUCACCACCACCACCAUCACCACCAAGAGGAGGAAGAGGAGGAGGAAAAUGGUCGUAGUCCCCAGUCAAGUCCUUCGACAGGCUUAGGACACAAAAUGAUCGACUUGAUCUACAACGAUGGCCAAAAAACAGUGAUGUACACCCACGACAAAGAAAUAAUCUACGAGAGUGAAGCAGAUCGGGUCCAGGUAGUCGAAUAUCCUCCUCCGAAUCCUUCACCUUCUCCACCCGCGACCCCUCAAUCGACGCGAAAUCUCGUAAAUGUGAGACACGCGGUAACCACCAACGUAGGAAAUACCGCGACCCUCCACCUCCAUCACUAUCCCCAGCUUCAGCUCCAUCAGCACGACGAAGAUGAUCUUCCUCGAGGAGCAGCACCUUCUGGUGCUGUCAAUGGAAAUUCUGUUUCUUCCAAUACUACGACAACUGUUUUGGUCUUGUCGGAACUUGUCGCUGCCGAUCCGUCGACCGCUUCUGCGGAACUUGGUCUAACAACUUCUGGACCUACCGCAACUCUUCGUACCGGGUGA